GCAAAGGGCAUCCGGGAGGGUUGACGUGACAUAGGUUCUGCAUUAGGUUGUCAAACAUACGAGAACCUGCAGGUGAGCAAAAGCUAUGACUACUGUACAGCCAGCAGAUCCAUGUCAAGUUUGGUCCAGGGUAUACUUCCGCCAUUUGCGGCAAAGGGUCUACUCGUACAUACACAGGGAAUUCCCUCAAAACGAGAGUCCUCUCCAGCAAUUACGAGACGGUUUACCAUCAAAAUUCUUGCCGAGGAGACGGAUGGGAAAUUUAGGCUUGAGCCGGAAAGGUCGUGCUGUCUACCUCCUUACCUCCCUACCUCCCUACAGCCACGAGUUUAUUAUUAGUUCCGAGCGUUCCUGAAAGGGGUGUCAAGUUUCUCGGUUGUGUUCCUUGGACGGGAAAAGUUCUUGCCAAGGUGACUGAAAUUUCGCGGGGACGUGGUAACCUGCAUGUCGACGCCCUUUUCCUCGGUCCAGCAACUUCGCACAAAUCAUUCGCGCGACCAACCGAUCUGUUCGAUGACACGCGGGUUUAGGAAACUUUUUUUCGUUUCUUAUUACCCAUGAUGAUCAAAUCAACCGCUUCGUCAUUCUUUUUGCUAGUUGCAACCUCUUUGCAUCCACCCCCCUGACCGUCUUCCCGGACAAGAAAAACCCCAUGUUUUGUGAUUACCUGGUCUAUGCUGUGCCCCCCACUGUUGGGGAUUUUCGCUUGCUUCGGGUUUAUGCAAUUGGAAAACGUUCAAUGUUUAUGCAUUCGCUUUGACUGAUAUUGGCUUUUUUUUUUCUCUUUGUGAAUAUUGAUUGGACUUUUCAUCUGGGGAG